AUGGAGGCGGUGGUGUCGGCGGCGGCGGCGGCGCGGGGAGGCUUCCACCCGCACCCGGGCCUGCAGAAGACGCUGGAGCAGUUCCACCUCAGCUCCAUGAGCUCCCUGGGCGGGCCGGCCGCCUUCUCGGCCCGCUGGGCGCAGGACAUCUACAAGGGGGGAGGCUCCGGGAAGGAGGGCGCGGAGGGGCUGGCUCCCCCUCCGCCGGCGCCCCCCUCGGGCCCCUUCUUCCUGCCCUCGGACCGGUCCACGGAGCGGUGCGAGACGGUGCUGGAGGGGGAGACCAUCUCGUGCUUCGUGGUGGGCGGGGAGAAGCGCCUCUGCCUGCCCCAGAUCCUCAACUCCGUCCUCAGGGACUUCUCCCUCCAGCAGAUCAACGCCGUCUGCGACGAGCUACACAUCUACUGCUCACGAUGCAACGCAGACCAGCUCGAGAUACUCAAGGUGCUGGGCGUGCUGCCCUUCUCCGCCCCGUCCUGCGGCCUCAUCACCAAAACCGAUGCCGAAAGGCUCUGCAACGCGCUCCUCUACGGCGGCGCCGUCCCUCCCCGGAGCAAAAAGGACUUUCAUUCAUCGUCAUCCUCCCCGGCGUUGGAGCUGGAGCUCUCGGAGCGGAGCUUCCGGGUCUACCACGAGUGCUUCGGGAAGUGCCGUGGGCUCCUGGUGCCCGAGCUGUACAGCAGCCCCGCCGCCGCCUGCAUCCAGUGCCUCGACUGCCGGCUCCUCUACCCGCCGCACAAGUUCGUGGUCCACUCGCACAAGGCCCUCGAGAACCGCACCGUCCACUGGGGCUUCGACUCGGCCAACUGGCGCGCCUACAUCCUCCUGGGCCAGGACUACGCCGGCAAGGAGGAGAAGGCCCGCCUUGGGCAGCGCCUCGACGAGGUCAAGGAGAAGUUCGACUUCGGGAGGAGGUACAAGAGGAAAGCGCCGCCACCGCAGCCUCCGCCGCCGCAGCCUCGGGUCCCGUGUGAUCCUCCUGCACCCAAGAAACCCAAAACAGAUGACUCCUUGCAGUCUCCAGUCAUUGGUGACAAAGAGAAACAGUCCAAUUGGUUACGGUCCUUGUCCACUCCAUCCAGCAAGAAUGUGGGUUGCAUAAACCCGCGCCAGCGCCUCUCUGCAUUCCGACCCUGGUCCCCCGCGGUUUCGGCCAACGAGAAGGAACUCUCGAGUCACAUCCCCGCUUUGAUCCGAGACAGCUUCUACUCGUACAAGAGUUUUGAGAACGCCAUUGCGCCCAACGUGGCCCUGGCCCCCCACCCUCACCCAAAGAUCAUCAGCAACCCCCCAUGUGCCACAAUCGCGUCACGGAACAACGAGCCACUGAACAGCCCCCCGCAGCCACGGAAAAGGAAGCAUGCCUCCGAGAUCCCGACCGUUCCCGAACCCGCGCCCACCACGGUUGCCCCGCCCGUCGCCGCCCCUGUCGCCGCCACCGAAGAGGACAAGGAGUCGGAAGCGGAGAUCGAAGUCGAAACGCGAGAGGAAUUCACCUCCUCUCUGUCUUCGCUCUCCUCCCCGUCCUUCACGUCGUCGAGCUCCGCCAAGGACAUGAGUUCGCCCAGCAUGCCCGCUCCGCCCGCCGUCUGCAGCACGUUUGACGCCACCGCUGGCCACGUCGAGCCCCAGAGCGGGGCCAGCGGGCUGGAGGCCGAGCUGGAGCACCUCCGGCAGGCCUUGGACAGUGGCCUGGACACCAAAGAAGCCAAAGAGAAGUUCCUCCACGAAGUCGUGAAGAUGCGAGUCAAGCAGGAGGAGAAGCUCAACGCAGCCUUGCAGGCCAAGCGAAGCUUACAUCAGGAGCUGGAGUUCCUCCGCGUGGCCAAGAAAGAGAAGCUGCGGGAAGCGACCGAAGCCAAGCGCAACCUGAGGAAGGAGAUCGAGCGCCUCCGAGCCGAGAACGAAAAGAAAAUGAAGGAGGCCAACGAGUCGCGGAUACGACUAAAGCGGGAGCUGGAGCAAGCCAAACAGGUCCGGGUGUGCGACAAGGGCUGCGAAGCGGGACGGCUGCGAGCCAAAUACUCGGCUCAGAUUGAAGACUUGCAAGUCAAACUCCAGCACGCGGAGGCAGAUCGGGAACAGCUGCGGGCUGAUCUGUUGCGCGAGAGGGAAGCCCGGGAACACUUGGAAAAAGUUGUGAAGGAACUUCAGGAGCAACUGUGGCCUAAACAGAGCGAUCUGCCCAGCGACAAACAGGCGACAAAAGACAUGGAAAACUAAGGAUGGUGAUUUCGGCCUAAUUUGGAGGCCGCCGAUUGACAAAAUACGCGCGGUAAGGGAGAGUGUGUGGGAGAGGCGCCGGGGUCAUGCCGACCAACACGGACGCGGUUGUUCAUUUGGAGAGCCAACGUUCCCCUUGAGAACAGAAGCACUGAAUCCCACCUCUUUUUUUCAGUCCGGAUAGCACAACAUCUUCCUGUGCCUAGAACACAAAGAGUGUUUCUAAACCUAAAGUACUUUUUUGAGUCUGGAGCAAAAAAGAAAACCAAGCAAAACUUCGACUGGGAAAUUCCGCCUAGCAGCUACACAAAAUCAAAGGCAACAAACGGGGGGCUCGCUUUCUGAGAAAACUUUUGGAAUUACGACAAAUGCAAAAAGCAAAAUACCAUUUUUGUUACAAAGCUGUCGAAAGACACACACAACCGAGUCAAUUCAAACGUGGUAUUAUAGCCAUUGGCCAGGUUUUUUUAAAAAAAGUGUGUGUAUGUGUAUAUAUAUAUAAAUAUAUAUAUAUAUAGAUAGAUAUAAAUAUAUGGGGAGGGGGAAAUGCCGAAUUUGUAAAGACAACAUUGUUACAGAUGUUGGAUUCGUACUUGUCAUAAAAAAAAAAAAAGCCGAAUAGUAAGCCAUGACCAUUUUGAACCAGACGAUUUGUACGAAUCUUCAGAUAAUUUUUUAAGAACUCUAGUUUGGAAAAAUAAUAAUAAUAAUAAUAAUCUUUUUGUGUUUUACCCAUGGUUAUAAAUGAGAAAAGAUGGGAUAUGGGUAGGUUCAUGUUUUGAUGGGAUAUCGGGAUAUCGUGUGGGGUGGUGGAACCAAGCCUUAUCGAAUUCAGUGUUUAGUAACCACGACGUAACUUUGAGAGAGGAAUAGGAAGAUCGGCAGAGAGGGAGGACGCGUUGGAAGGACUCGGUCAACUUUGGAGCACUUCAGGUCUAGGAACCCAACUGGACAAUAGACGAAAUCAAACACGUGGCUGGACCAUGAGAGAAAGAUCCGCCGGAAAGCGAGGGCGGCCUGGCAACCGUUGGGAAAACCCUCUUCCCAUUUCCUCAGAGACCUUGUUUGCAUUCUAUCAUCACCUCAGAAAUUUCAGUAUUGUAUUGACUUCCCCGUCAUCAUGCGUGACGAUGUCCGUAUCCUUCACAAGAGCGCUCACUGUCGUAUUACGGAAACGAAAAAGACUGCUGCUGCUGCUGCUGCUGCUGUGAAUAAGCCGACGUUUCUGAUUCUCAUUUGGUCAUUGUGGGGUAUGUACGUGUGUGUCUCUCUCUCUCUCUUUUUUCCCAAUGUGGCAAAUACUUUAAUGUUGGGAUUUACGCUGCAGCUUGUCCCGAUGUGUCUCCAACAACGGAUUGUAUAAAUAUGCAGUAAAAGUAACAAAA